UACAUCUGUCUAUCAGUCAGCCUGCUGCAGCUCUCGGUAGUGUGCGGCCAGUUCCUGCUGCUUGCAAUGACCGUCACCAUCACGCACAAUGCCUUCUCCAAUCCCAGUGACUCGCCUGCUGACACUCGCCAGUGACAUUUAUCCGUCUCUGGAGGUCGGAGCCUGCAGCAGCCCGCUGACCACAUCGGGCUCCACUUUACAAGUUCCUGCUCAGCGGCUGCAUGGGAAAGUUGCCAGUAGACUCUGGUCCUCCGUGAUCAUGUGGAAGGAGCUGCGCUCCGUGCAGCCCGUGGGCUCCGGAGGCUUCGGCUCCGUUUACAAGGCAGAGUAUCUCGGUGAAACUGUUGCACUCAAGAAAGUGAAAAAGAGUGCCAAGAAUCAGCUGGCGUCUCGGCAGAGUUUCUGGGCCGAACUCAAUGCUGCGCACUUGCGUCACAAGAACAUAGUCCGCAUCCUGGCGGCUACCACCUGUGUGCCGGCGGACUUCGAGGACGAAAACCGUAUCGGGGCGGUCCUGAUGGAGUUCGUUGGUAGCCGGAAUCUGCAGCAGAUCAUCUAUGGCAGCGCAGAGCCACUGGAGCCAAACAGGUGGCUCAGAUACUCCUCGGACAUCGUCCACGGCCUGCGAUUCCUUCACUCCCACAGCGUCGUACAUCUGGAUAUCAAACCGGCCAACGUGUUGGUCUCCGGUGAGGACGUGUGCAAAAUCGCUGAUUUUGGCUGUUCCGUGAAAGUGGACCGCGGGUGUGAGGUGACGAGUGUCAGCCCACACCUGAGCCAUGGCGGAGGCACCUACACGCACAGGGCUCCUGAACUGCUGAAAGGCGAAGGAGUGUCUCCCAAAGCAGACAUCUUCUCUUUCGGAAUUACACUGUGGCAGCUGAUCACCCGUGAGCAGCCCUACAUCGGCGACAGGCAGCACGUCCAGUACGCGGUGGUGGCGUACAACCUGCGGCCGUCGCUGCAUGACAAGCCGGCGUUCCGCUCCACGCUGGGGCGGCAGUGUGAGACCCUGGUCACACGGUGCUGGAGCGCAGAGACCCACUGCAGACCCAGCGCCCAGGACGUGCUGCUCCACUUAGAUAAACUGCGGCCUCCUUCCUGAUUUCGUUCCUUUCGACCUUUUUUUUUUUUAAUCAGUUCAGCUGACAGGACAGGCUUUACCCGACUGUGUCGAUUUUUAUGAAGGUUUUUUAAGAUUGAGUGGACAAGCUACACAGCCGGAGCAGUGAUCAAUCUUCUGUCCUUUUGUAUCUAGAGACAUUCAUAUCGAAAUCCGUUCAAAAAUUAAAGCAAUAUCAUCUAUUUCUGCUGACUGGGAAAAUUUAAGAAAUUAUGAAGGGUAGCUUUCAUUGAGUCAAGUAAAGAUGAGGAGUCGUAUUUUAUGUGGUAUGUAAAGCUACUUGUUCAUGUGAGCAAAUCAUCUUUAAGAUGUCAUAUAUUAAGAGAGAAUGGAGUUUCAUAAGCCAUUUUGUCUCACAUUGAAUUUCAAAAUCUUGGCUUCUUUUCUUAAACCAAACGAGUCUGCCAGUAGGGUGGAAUAAUGUCAUUUGCUUCCGAUGCAGCAUCAGUUGUUAAGCAAUUUCAUGUUGAUUUCUUGAACCAAGCCACUUAACCACUAAAAAGAUGGUGUCUUUAAUUCAAGUAAACUGUUCUAACAAGUUGAUUUGUAGUGGGAAAAAGUGUGGACUUAUCUCAUCCCACUGGCAGAAUUUGAUGAAAAAUAAAGUACCUGAGGUAACUAUAAGAUUCAUCGUUUUGCAGUGUAUAAAAUUAGUCCUCUCACACAGAUGAAGUAUUUAUUGUUUUGUACUUUUUGUACUGCAUUGACAUUUAAUCUCAUAAGUGUUCUUUCACAGGCUGUCAACUCAAACCCUACAGACUUUUCAGUGAGGGUUACAGUUGACUUUCUUUUAUCUUAGAUCAUCUCUUUAAACUAGGAUGUAAGAAUGCUUUGGUGUGAAAUGUUUUAUUUCUAACAACAGUAUUUUAAUGUGAUGGGAUUUCAUUAAAAUUAUAUUUAUACUAUG